AUGCCUCAACGCGUACUUGAUACUUUCUCAUCUAGAAAUAUGGACUAUAAAGUCCCUGCGCAUGUAGAAAUCGAUACUUAUUUCUCAGCGAUUCCAAUUUCUAAAUGGCAUCUUUUGGACGUGUAUAUAAAUUUCAAGCUGGAGGACGGCCUAAUUCAUACAGCAAAAGAAUUAUAUAGAACCUUCUGCAGGUCACUAGCUUGCAUCGAGAGAGGCGGUUACCCCAAAUUCGUUACGGAGUAUGUAAAAAAUCUAAAGAUGUUUAUGAAGCUUGCUGAGAAAAUUAUUGAGCGCGUUGAGCGACGACAAUUAAUGAAGGAAAAUGAAAUUGACAUUCAGGAAAAACAGACUAGAAAAAAUUAUGUUAAGUCUGCGAGAAAACGUAGUAAUGGAAUGUCUGAAUAUACUAUUAAAACGGACUCUAAACAAAUAUUUACAUGGGACCAUGCAAUACCAAGAAUGGAAAUAAAAGAAGCUUCUAUGAAGGAUUGGAUUAAUGACGAACACAACUUUUCAGAUUAUUUUCGGAAAUUUCAGAAGUCGAUUAUUGAAAAAUUAAAAACUGAUCCAACUUUGAGCUAUGCAACUGAUAUCGAAUCAAUAGUGGUGUCCACCAUGUCAUUUGAUACUUAUAAUAGCGCGUUAUCAAGCAUAAUGAUAUUAAGAAAGAACAAAAAGCCAAUCUAUGUUUCGUGUACUGAAAAUGAGUGGCGAAUGGCAUUCCCACAUAUUACUUAUAAAUUCAAGAUACCAGUCCUUAUCCAAGUCACUGUAUGUUCAUACAUGCAGCCUUUAAUGAGAGGUGAUUCAACAGAAUUUGAAGAUUUGUGGAGGCAGAACUGGAGUAAAGUGUCAUUAUUGGAAGAUCAAAGUGAUAAGAGGAUAUUUGACUCGAUGCAGAUCAUAACACGUAAUUUUUUUUACAAUUUACCAUAUGGUAAAAAUAAGAAUUUGUCAAAUGAGGACACUUACGUCCACAGAACCUGUCAUGUAAUUUUGGAAGAAAUUUUCCGUAUUGAAAAUAUGCAACUUGUGUGGGCAAAUGGGGAGAGUAGUUCGUCUAAAAGUCAACGUUCAGGAGAUGGCAAUGCCCAUGGAUUAAAGCCAGACCUUCGUUUAAUUAGUGAAGAUGAAAAUCAAUCUGAAAUUUUAUUUGGUGAAAUUAAACCACCAAAAGUAGAAAAUCAUAAAUUCGUUGUAAAUCAGGCACUUGCCAAAUUGGCCAAUCUUAUGAAAGAUGCACUAGAUCAGGGAAUCUAUGAUGAAACAUAUGGUGUACUCAUUAAUGGAAACAGAAUCGAGUUUUGGAGAAUUACUUUAAAUUACGAUGGUUUAUAUCAGUUCAUGUCUCUAGUUGAAAUGACCUUUCCAACAGAAGUGGCAGAAUUCCUUGUAAUUCUCUCUGUCAUGGAGAGAUGUUAUGAAUUAAAAGAACUCGUUAUUAAAACUGAGCAACGUAGCAUGAAAAAUGGUAGUUCCCAACUGAGUGUAAACUACCAGCGAGAUUCGAACUCGAAUCCUGUGAAGACAAAG